UCUCUGACCAUCGACGAGGGCGGACAGGCGCUUCAUCAUGGGUGGCUUUUUCUCAAGUAUAUUUUCGAGUCUAUUUGAAACCCGGGAAAUGAGGAUUUUAAUUUUGAGAUUAGAUAGAGCAGGAAAAACUACAAAUUUGUAUAUAUUACAAGUUGGAGAGGUUGGUACUACUAUUCCUACCAUUGGAUUUAACAUACAAGAGAUGAUAACAUACAAGAACCAUAAAUUUCAAGUCUGGGAUUUAGGAGGACAGACCAGUGUCAGGCCAUACUGGAGAUGUUAUUCAAUCACAGAUGCUGCCAUUUCUGUAGUAGACAGUUGUGACAGAGAUGGAACUGGCAUUUCCAGAUCAGAGUUAGGUGCCAUGUUGGAGGAAGAAGAGCUGAGAAAAGCCAUUUUGGUGGUGUUUGCAAAUAAGCAGGACAUGGAACAGGCUAUGGCUCCCUCAGAGAUGGCAAAUUCACUAGGGUUACCUGCCUUGAAGGACUGAAAAUGGCAAAUAUUCAAAACUUCAGCAACCAAAGGCACUGGCCUUGAUGAGGCAAUGGAAUGGUCAGUUGAAGCGUUG